AUGAUGCAAAUGUGUGAAGGUAUUGGUGAAAUGCUAAUAACAUCUGUUGAUGUUGACGUUGAUAUGCUUGAAGAGUCAAAAAUCAAUGAAGCUAAAUUAUCAUCAUCACAAAUUCUUAAAGAAUUCUUACAAUAUCUUUCGAGUAAAUUAAAAGAUUACCUAAACAUUCAAUCAUUUUACUCGAAUCUUGAAGCUCAUCCAACAAUUUCUAAUUGUCAUUUAGUCAUUGCCGGUGGUGAUGUUGAGAAAAACUUACGUAUAUGUAAGGCUUUUUCAUUAUUGAAUUCACCUAAUUUUAAUAACAAAAUUAUUACCAAUGAUUAUAAUGAUGAUGCCGGAUACGACGCCAUUUCCGACGGCCGGAAUGAUCCACCUGGGUUAAAUAUUAAAAUUGGUAUUAAUGGAUUUGGUCGUAUUGGUCAACUUGUGUUUCGAUGUGCAAUUGAAGAAGGUAUUCAAGUAGUUGCUGUUAAUGGUCGAUUUAUUCCUAUUGAUUCUAUUGUUUAUAUGCUUAAAUAUGAUUCAAUACAUGGUAAAUUUAAAGGUACAAUUUCACAUAAAAAUGGAAAACUUAUUGUUAAUGGACAAAAAAUUAAUGUCUUUGCUGAAGAAGAACCAUCAAAAAUCCCAUGGGGUCGGCUCGAUGCUGAAUACAUUUUUGAAGCAAGUGGUGUAUGUACAACAAUUGAUGAAUGUCAAUCACAUUUACAAGCCGGUUCUAAAAAAGUUAUUAUUGCAGCACCAUCAACUGAUGCUCCAAUGUUUGUUAUGGGUGUUAAUGAAGAUAAAUAUACAGGAAAGGAAACAGUUAUUUCAAGUGCAACAUGUACAACAAAUUGUUUAGCACCACUUGCUAAAAUUAUUCAUGAAAAAUUUGGUAUUAUUGAAGCUUUAAUGACAACUGUACAUUCGUACACUCCUAAGCAAAAUAUUAUCGAUGAACCAUUAAACAAACAUUGGCGAAGUGGACGUGGAGCUGCACAAAAUAUUAUUCCAUCAUUAACUGGUGCUGCUACAGCUGGAAAAUUAAAUAGUAUGGCUUUUCGUGUUCCAACACCAAAUGUUUCAGUUGUUGAUCUUACUGCUCGAUUAAACAAAGGCACUAAAUAUGAAGAAAUUUGUGCUGCAAUUAAAGAAGCUGCUAAUAGUCCAUUAAAAAAUAUUUUGGCCUAUACUGAAGAUGAAGUUGUUUCAACAGAUUUUGUUGGUGAUACACAUUCAUUAAUUUUUGAUGCUAAAGCUGGUAUUUCACACAAUGACAAUUUUGUUAAACUUGUCGCAUGGUAUGACAAUGAAUAUGAUAGUGAUCAACUUGAAAUUAUUCUUAAAUGGAAUUUAAUAUCACGUGAUCUUGAUUCACAUUUAUUUGUUUCUGAUGGUAGACAUGUUUAUUAUGAAUCAAAAAUUGAAAGAAAUAUUUCACUUGAUUGUGAUGUUACAAAUGGUAAUGGACCUGAAACAAUUAAAAUACAACUUGAACCUGAUUUAAAAUAUCUUUAUGUUGGUUAUCGAUAUUUUCGUGAUGGACAAUUAACAAAAUCAGGUGCAACAGUUACAUUUAAUAAUAGUGCUAUAAUAAAUUCCGUAGUUCCAUAUCAAAUUGUUCAAAUACCUGUUGUUAAUCAACCUGAUGCUAAUUUUUGGAUUGUUUGUGAAAUUGAUGGAAAAACAAAAAAUAUUCAAAUGUUUGAAAAUGUAUUUGAAAUUCAUAAUAAUUAUUCAUUGGAUGAAAUCGGAAAAAAAUAUUUGAAUAUAUAA